CUUUACACAUCUUAAUUUUGAUUCCAGAACAGCAUUGACAACAAAAGCAACAAUGCAGUUGAUCGCAAUACAAAUUUUUCUAAAUUAAUUCACUUACUUUUUUAUAGAAAGUUUGAGAGCUACAGCUGCAGGAAUGAAAUGUGCUAGGAGAUUUAUAGUGGUUUGCUGCCUUGUUUUAAUUGGAUUUUUAUUGUAUACUCUUUUUAAUAAGAAGGAAAGGAUUUUGAAUAGAUCUCCAAUUCAUAUUCAGAAUGUUAAUAGUGAAAAAAUAAAUAAAGUUACACUCUCCAAGUUGAUUACAACUGCAAAAUUACAAAAGAAAGAUCUCGUUUGCAAAAAACUUGGUCAUACUAAAAGUGAUAUUAAUGUUAGAGAUAUUUGGCAGACGGUUGCAAAACUGCAAUCUCAAAGAUUAACUGUAAACGAACCUUCUCAGACAUAUACAUUAGGCGCAAGGGAAUUACAUGUAGUAGUUAUACCUCAUUCUCAUUCUGAUCCUGGAUGGCUAAAGACAUUUGACGAAUAUGUCCUAGAUCAAACUUAUCAGACUUUACAAAAUGUUGCUAUAGAACUGGAAAGAUUACCAAAUAUGACAUUUGUUUGGGCUGAAACUUCAUUUUUAAAUGCAUGGUCAGGAAGAACUGAACCAAAAAAUCUAGCGAAAAUACAAAAACAUUUGGAAUCGGGACGUUUAGAAAUUGUUGAAGGAGGUUGGGUUGUUCCUGAUCAGGCUACUCCCUCUCUUUAUGGUCUUAUAAAUCAAAUGGUUGAGGGUCAUUCCUGGCUGAGAAAAUAUCUAAAAUAUACGCCUAAAAAUAGUUGGGCUCUUGAUCCAUUUGGAUAUUCAGACACCCAUCCAUAUAUCUAUAAACUUGCUGGAUACGAGCAUAUGGUCAUUCUACGAGUUCACUCUGGCGUCAAACGCGCAAUCGAAGAUAAAGGAGCUUUGCAUUUUGAUUGGCAUCAGGCUUGGGACUCUACUGGGAAAUAUGACAUGCCAACACAUAUGAUGCCGUAUACGUUGUAUAAUAUCAAACAUACAUGUGGACCUUCAACAGAUACAUGCCUUUAUUUUGAUUUUCGUCAAAUUCAAGGUGAAAUAAGUGAAUCUAGAGCUGAACCAGUAACGGAUAAAAAUAUAGUGUCACUUGCUACUAAGCUGGUUGAUCAAUGGUCACAAAAAGCGGUUAUUGCCGCAGCUGGCACUGAUCCAGCAGUUGUAAUCGUUCCUUUGGGUGACGAUUUUCGAUAUGACAGGCCGUUGGAGUGGCCGCAACAAUAUAAUAAUUAUAUGAUGUUAUUUGAAUAUAUCAAUUCCAAAAAGGAUUGGAAAGUAAAAGCCAAAUUUGGUACAGUUGCAGAUUAUGUAUCAUUAAAAAAGAAAUUUAUGAAAGAUUCUGCAAAAAAACUAUCCGGUGAUUUUUUCCCUUAUGCAGAUAAACCUCUUAAUUAUUGGACAGGUUACUUUACUACUAGACCAGCGCUAAAAAGGCUGGGUAAGGUAUUAGAGUACCGUUUAAGAGCCACUGAGAUUCUCUAUGCACUAACAAACCAUAAUUUUACAAAGGCCCAAUCUCUUAUGAAUAAGGGUAGAAGAGCUUUGGGUCUGUUUAUGCAUCAUGAUGCAAUAACAGGUACAUCAAGAAGUUAUGUAGUAGAAGACUAUAGACACCGUAUGAUAGGUGGAUUAAAUGCUUUAAGAAAAGUUGCUGAAAUUUGUAUGCAAACUCAAUUAGCUUCAAAAUCUUCAUUUACUUUACUUCCUGAUCCUUCAAUAAAAGCGGCUCAUUCCAAACAGCCAAUGGACCUUCCAAUUACUUAUAGUGUUGCUGUCUUUAACCCUAUUGAGCAUAAACGACAUGCUAUAAUUGAAAUUAAUCUUAAACAAAUUCAUUCUAAUCUAAUUGGAGACGAUGUUGUCAAAUGUCAGGUAAAUCCUAAAUGGCGAAAGAGAGGAAAACAAAUUAGUACAAGUGAAUUUAAGCUUGUUUGCUUGGUUGUUUUAAAGCCGUUAGCUACUAGUACAUUCUCUUUGAUAAAUGAUAAUAAAGUUAGUAUAUCAGCAAUUGAAACAAGCCUUUCAACAAAUAUUCCCAAAGGACCCUUCAAAUUAGAUAAAUUAGAAAAAAAUGAACCCUUAGUUUUGAAGGGAAGUAGUUUAACUGCACAGUUUUCUACAGAAUCCGGCCUCCUAAAUAGUAUAAAUGACGAUCCAGUGAACACUAAAGUUUUAGCUUAUACUUCGUCUGGGAGUGGGGCUUAUUUAUUUGGUGCUGAAGGACCUGCAACAGGAAAUGGGCUAUCUUCCACUCCUAUAAUAAGCGUCAUUCGAGGACCCGUCACAUCUGAAGUUAUUCAUUCCCAGGACGUAAUAGUUCUCUCGUCCCGUGUAAUUAACAUCCAAUCUGACAUAGCUAAAGCUAUACACUUGUAUAAUGAAAUAGACUUGACUGAAAGGCGUGAUAGGGAAGUUAUCGUUCGAUUUGAAACAAGCAUUAAACCUGUCAAUGACAAAAGUCAUUUUUUUACUGACUUAAAUGGAUUCAAUACAGUUCCAAGAAUGAAUAUAUCGCAACUGCCCCUACAAGCUAAUUUCUUCCCUGCAACCCAAUUUGCUUUUGUAGAAAGCGCAGAGGGAAAGAGAUUCAAUGUUCUCCUUGGACAGUCUCAUGCAGUUUCAUCCCUUAAGAAUGGUCAGAUUGACAUUUUGCUCGAUAGAUCUCCAACAGAAGAUGAUGGCAAAGGUUUAGGAGGAGGAGUAGAGGAUAUGAGACCCUCUAAUACUUAUGUUACAAUUUUUUUUGAAAAAACCAAAGCACCUGCUGAGCCAACCCUCUCGCAGCCAAGUCUCUUAUUGAGACACCUUUCAUUGUUUUUAAACAAUCCACCUUUAAUAUUUGCUUUUACCGAAAAUUCAAGAGUUACAUCUUCCUUACUUAAAGCGACUCUUCCUUGCGAUGUACAUUUGCUUACUUUGCGGAAAGAGAGCGCAAAUACUUGCCUAAUGAUUUUACAAAAAGUGCCCUACGACUGCGAAUCAAGCUCAAUUCCUAAAAACUGUGUUUUAGAAAACUCUUUUAACUUAUAUAAAAUGUUUAAGGGUAUCAUAAAAGUGACCAGCACAUCUCUAACCAUGAUUAGAGACUACAGAGCAAUUCCGCCGAAGUCCGCUGACUUAAAAAACAUGAAUCCUAUGGAUAUAUUUGCCUACAAAGUUUCUAUUAAAUUAUAACAAAUUAUUUGUCUUGAAUAAAUAAUACUCUAGUCAAA